GUGCUUUCCCGGCGGCCAUCUUGGGAGUCUGAAAGACCUGAGGUAUUUUGUGACGAGGAUCGUCUCAGAUCAGCGGAGGGAAGAGACUUAGACCUAUCCAGUCUUCAAGGUGCUCCAGGAAGCAGGAGUUGAAGACCUGGGUGUGAGGGACACAUACAUCCUAAAAGUACCACAGCAGAGGAGGCCCAGGUAGUGCCAGGAGUCAAGGUUCCCAGGAGACAAACCCCCUAGGAAGACAGGCGACCUGUGAGGCCCUAGAGCACCACCUUAAGAGAAGAAGAGCUGUAAGCCGGCCUUUGUCAGAGCCAUCAUGGGGGACAAGGAGAUGCCUGCUGCUGCGAUGCCAAGUCUUCUCCAGACUUCUGCUGAGAGUCCUCAGAAUCAUUCUGAGGGGGAGGACUCCCAGUCUCCUCUCCAGAGUCCUCAGAGUCGUCCUGAAGGGGAGGACUCCCCAGAUCAUCUCCAGAGACCUCCUGAGGGGAAGGACUCCCAGUCUCCUCUCCAGAUUCCUCAGAGUUCUCCUGAGGGCGACGACAUCCAGUCUCCUCUCCAGAAUCCUCAGAGUCCUCCUGAGUGGGAGGACUCCCUGUCUCCUCACUACUUUCCUCAGAGCCCUCCUGAGGGGGAGGACUCCCUGUCUCCUCACUACUUUCCUCAGAGUCCUUCUCAGGGGGAGGACUCCGUGUCUCCUCACUACUUUCCUCAGAGCCCUCCUGAGUGGGAGGAUUCCCUGUCUCCUCACUACUUUCCUCAGAGCCCUCCUCAGGGGGAAGACUCCCUGUCUCCUCACUACUUUCCUCUGAGUCCUCCUCUGGGGGAGGACUCCCUGUCUCCUCACUACUUUUCUCAGAGCCCUCCUGAGUGGGAGGACUCCAUGUCUCCUCACUACUUUCCUCUGAGCCCUCCUGAGGUGGAGGACUCCAUGUCUCCUCACUACUUUCCUCAGAGCCCUCCUGAGGGGGAGGACUCCAUGUCUCCUCACUACUUUCCUCAGAGUCCUCCUGAGUGGGAGGACUUCCUCGCUCCUCUCCAGAUUCAUCUAUGUCCUCCUCAGGGGGAGGACUUCCAGUCUUUUCUCCAGAGUCCUGUGAGUUUCUGCUCCUCCUCCACUUCAUUGAGUGUUCCCCAGAGUUUCCCUGAGAGUCCUGAGAGUCCUCCUGACGGGCCUGCUCUGUCUUCUCUCCAGAGACCUGUUGGCUCCUUCUGCUCCUACACUUUAGCAAGUCUUCUCCAAAGUUCCCAUGAGAAUCCUCAGAGUCCUCCUGAGGGGCCUGCCCCGUCUCCUCUCCAGAGUCCUGUGAGCUCCUUCCCCUCCUCCACUUCAUCGAGUCUUUCCCAGAGUUCUCCUGUGAGCUCCUUCCCCUCCUACACUUCAUCGAGUCUUUCCCAGAGCUCUCCUGUGAGCUCCUUCCCCUCUUCCACUACAUCGAGUCUCUCCCAGAGUUCCCCUGAGAGUCCUCAGAGUUCUCUCCAGAGUCCUGUGAGCUCCUUCUUCUCCUCUUCUUCAUUGAGCCCAUUCAGUGAAGAGUCCAGCAGCCCAGUAGAUGAAGAUACAAGUACCUCAGACACCUUGCUAGAGAGUGAUUCCUUGACAGACAGUGAGUCCUUGAUAGAGAGCGAGCCCUUGUUCACUUAUACACUGGAUGAAAAGGUGGACGAGUUGGUGCGGUUUCUUCUCCUCAAAUAUCAAGCGAAGCAGCCUAUCACAAAGGCAGAGAUGCUGACGAAUGUCAUCAGCAGGUACACGGGCUACUUUCCUGUGAUCUUCAGGAAAGCCCAUGAGCUCAUAGAGAUUCUUUUUGGCAUUUCCCUGAGAGAAGUGGACCCUGACGACUCCUAUGUCUUUGUAAACACAUUAGACCUCACCUCUGAGGGGAGUCUGAGUGAUGAGCAGGGCAUGCCCCAGAACCCCCUCCUGAUUCUUAUUCUGAGUAUCAUCUUCAUGAAGGGCACCUGUGCCUCUGAGGAGGUCAUCUGGGAUGUGCUGAGUGGAAUAGGGGUGCGUGCUGGGAGGGAGCACUUUGUCUUUGGGGAGCCCAGGGAGCUCCUCACUAAAGUUUGGGUGCAGGAACAUUACCUAGAGUACCAGGAGGUGCCCAACACUUCUCCUCCAUGUUACGAAUUCCUGUGGGGUCCAAGAGCUCAUUCAGAAAUCAUUAAGAGGAAAGUAUUAGAGUUUUUGGCCAUGCUAAACAAUACUGUCCCUGUUACCUUUCCAUCCUCGUACAAGGAUGCUUUGAAAGAUGUGGAAGAGAGAGCGCAGGCCAUAAUUGACACCACAGAUGAUUCUACUGCCACAGAAAGUGCAAGCUCCAGCGUCAUGUCCCCCAGCUUCUCUUCUGAGUGAAGUCUAGGGCAGAUUCUUCCCUCUGAGUUUGAAGAGGGCAGUCGAGUUUCUACGUGGUGGAGGGCUCGGUUGAGGCUGGAGAGAACACAGUGCUAUUUGCAUCAUUUCUGUUCCAUAUGGGUAGUUAAGGGGUUCAACUGUUUACUUUUGGGUAUUUUUCAAAUGUUUUUCCUGUUAAUAGCAGGUUUAAAUAGCUUCAGAAUCCUAGUUUAUGAACAUUAGUCACACAUGUAUUGCUGUUUAUCUGGUUUAAGAGUAACAGUUUGAUAUUUUGUAAAAACAAAAACACACCCAAACACACCACAUUGGGAAAACCUUCUGCCUCAUUUUGUAAUGUGUCACAGGUUAAUGUGGUAUUGCUGUAGGAAUUUUCUUGAAACUGUGAAGGAACUCUGCAGUUAAAUAGUGGAACAAAGUAAAGGAUUGUUAGUAUUUGCAUUUCCUCAGGUCCUUUAGUCUGUUGUUCUUGAAAACUAAAGAUACAUACCUGGUUUGCUUGGCUUAUGUAAGAAAGUAGCAGAAAGUAAAUUGUAAUAAAUAAAAGUGUCAGUGACUCAUU